AAGACACCAUCGUAGAGAGACAUAAUCUAGCCAGAUAGGAAUCACAAAUUUUAAACUGAAUGUCAAACUAUAGUCAAUCUAUUUAACAUAUAUUAACUCUGAACACUGAGCACUUAGCCUAUAUCUACCGUGCAAUAACCACAAAAUAAACCUGUGCUUCCCUAUUUUUCUGAUAUUUUUUAUCAUUUGAACGUUAUAACGUUACCCGCUACAACGUUAUAACGCCCUGUAGCGCGCUAAUUACGUGAAUAGCGCCAUAGCGGCUGAAUUUGCUAAAAUAUAGCGUUUCCUUCUCAAUACGCUAUAACGGCGCUAUAGCGUCGUUAUAGCGUGCUAUUUUUUUCGUUGUGGCUGACCCUAGCAUGACGAUUUGUGCAGCCCUGCAGCCUGUGUGUGGCUUCAUCAAUAACACAGGGGCGCCGGCAGCUACUGCAAGACGUUUCUCAUCUUUCGUUUGCAUCAAGCGCAACCGGAGAGCCCUUACGAAAGCCAUUGAAGACCUACAAGCUGUAGAGAAGGUGGUUCAAGAACAAGUUAGCGUUGAAACCAACCAGCUCAACAAGUGCGAUCCUCGAGUCGAAUUAUGGCUGAGCAGAGUUGAUGGAGUCCUCGUUCCAAUUGAUGCCAUCGAACAAGAGUGUGACCAACUCAUGCAAUACUCUUGCUUCUGUAGCUCUUCCCUAAGCCUUGGGAAACGCUAUCGUCUUGGCAAGCGUGUUCUUGAGAUUCUGGAGGAUCUUCGUGGGCUAAUUGAGGAAGGGAAUCAAUUCAAGGUAUUCGGAAGCAAGCCUUUGCCAGCUUUGGUUGAGGAUCAACCAAGGAUAGAAGCCCUUGGCAUCAAGCCUGUGCUGAAGAAUCUCUGGGAAUUUUUCAACAGCGGCAAUGUGGGCAUCAUUGGAAUUUGGGGUCCAGGAGGGGUUGGGAAAACAACCCUCCUCAACACCUUCAACAAUGAACUCAAGGAGUGGGGCACCGAUUACCAGGUGGUAAUCAUGAUUGAAGUGUCCAACUCUGGAAAUCUAAAUAUAGCAGCCAUCCAGCGCAUGAUUACAGACCGCCUUGGCUUGCCUUGGAAUGACAUAGAGACAGUGCAAACUCGUGCCAGAUUCUUGGCAAAAGCACUGGGAAGAAAGAAAUUUAUCAUUUUACUGGAUGAUGUCCGGAACAAAUUCAAAUUAGAAGAUGUCGGGAUCCCAACCCCAGAUUCUGAAAUCAAAAGCAAGUUGAUUCUUACCUCACGUGAUGAGGAUGUUUGCUAUCAAAUGGGAGCACACCAGAGUUUGAUCAAGAUGGAGUACCUAGAGAAGGAGUCAGCGUGGGAGCUCUUCCAAAACAAUUUGAGCACUAAUGCCAUUGCAGCCAUUGAGUCUCCUGCCCCUAAUGUUGUACGAGAGCAUGCUGAAGCAAUUGUCCAGAGCUGUGGUGGUUUGCCACUUGCACUCAAGGUAAUAGGGAGGGCCGUUGCUGGACUAACAGAACCCGAGGAUUGGAGCCUGGCGGUGCAAGCAACCAAGGAUGACAUAAAGGACUUGCAUGGAGUACCAGAAAUGUUCCAUAAAUUGAAAUACAGUUACGAUAAGUUGAUCAAGCAACAACAACGGUGUUUCCUGUACUGCACCCUUUUUCCAGAAUAUGGUUCAAUCAGAAAAGAUAAGCUUGUGGAGUACUGGAUGGCAGAUGGGUUGAUACCUCAGGACCCCAAGAAAGGCCAUCGUAUAAUCCGUAGCCUGUUGUCAGCAUGCUUGUUAGAGAGUUGCAAAUCUGACUCUUCGGAGGUCAAAAUGCACCACAUUAUUCGCCAUCUGGGGAUUUCCCUUGCAGUGCGGGAAAAUAUUAUUGUGAAGGCUGGAAUGAGUUUGGAGAGGGCUCCAUCAGAGAGAGAGUGGCAAGCAGCAAGAAGGAUAUCACUCAUGUUUAAUGACAUAAGGGACCUUUGUAUCUCACAUGAGUGCAGGAAUCUAGUAACUUUGCUAGUUCAGCAUAAUCCUAAUUUGGAAAGGCUCAGUCCAACAAUCUUCAAAUUCAUGCCUUCCUUGAGGGUCCUUGAUCUUUCACACACCAGCAUCACAACUCUUCCACCCUGUGAAACAUUGUCCAAGCUUAAGUAUCUCAAUUUGUCCCACACAUGCAUUGAGAGGCUUCCUGAGGAGUUUUGGGUGCUCAAAGAACUAACCCAUUUAGAUUUAAGGGUUACCAAGGCCCUUAAAGAGACAUUUGACAAUUGUUCCAAGCUACACAAGCUAAGGGUCCUAAACCUCUUCCGAAGCAACUAUGGGAUUCGUGAUGUUAAUGAUCUGAACAUUGAUUCCCUAAAGGAACUUGAGUUCCUUGGUAUCACAAUUUAUGCUGAGGAUGUGUUAAAGAAGUUGACCAAGACACAUCCGCUGGCAAAGUCGACACAGCGCCUUAGCCUCAAACACUGCGAUCAAAUGCAGUCGAUCCAAAUAUCAGACUUCACACAUAUGGUGCAACUUGGAGAGCUCUAUGUUGAAUCAUGUCCUGACUUGAAACAGCUUAUUGCUGACUCUGACAAGCGAAGAUCUUGUCUGCAAGUGCUUACCCUUGCUGAACUUCCUGCUCUAGAAACAGUUCUUAUUGGAUCUUCGCCUCAUCACUUUCGGAACCUCCUAGAAAUUACAAUCUCCCACUGCCAAAAAUUGCACGAUGUUACCUGGGUUCUGAAGCUGGAGGCACUUGAGAAGCUUUCUAUCUAUCACUGUCAUGAAUUAGAGCAAGUUGUUGAAGAAACAACUGAUGAGGUGGAAAGCAAGAGUUCGGGAAUUGAACAGGGCAGUACUCAGAGAUGCAGGAGGAAAAAUGGUUUCUCUGAAGAACAAGAGAUACAUGGUAUGGUAGAUGACGCAUGGAAUGAAUAUGCCAAAUAUUACCAGAUUAUGACCAAGAGUGGGCGGAUCAAUGGAACAGAGCACCAGGUAGACUUCCCAAAACUGAGAUCAUUGGUACUGACUGACCUACCAAAGCUGAGAAGGGUAUGCAUCCCAAGAGACUUUCCUUGUCUUGAAAGUAUCAGGGUGGAGGACUGCCCGAAUCUGAAAACAAUUCCAUUGGGUCAGACAUAUGAUUGCCAGAGACUAAAUAGGAUUUGUGGAUCAUAUGCCUGGUGGGAAAAGCUAGAAUGGGGUGGCAAGGACAUAAUGGAGAGCAAGUAUUUCAUUCCCAUCCAAGACAAAGACUAGCACAAUCACGGCAACAUGAUGAAACAACAUGCAUUGCUGAUAUAUUAUGUUUACCUCAGAGUAUGAUGAAUGUUCUGCAUUACCUUCAAUUUCAUCUGCCACACUCAAGCAUAAGCAACAAUAUUUGCUUCCUCAAUCAACCUCUGGGGCGGCCUAGGAUCCCUCCUAGGCCU